GUGGCACAUUUGAACGAUUUGACAAUUGAAGUUAUCCGUGCGGUGAAACGGCAGUCUGUGGGUUAGGAAGGAAACACUCAAGAAAGGGGGGCAAGACAAAGCAAAGCGAACGGUGAGGCGGCAGCAGUCGUAUCUAUCGGUUGAAUGCACACGCGCGCGCAAGUGUAGACACAAGUGCAGGCACAAUCGUAAUCGUAAUCGUAAUCAUAAGCGUAAGUGUACGUAUACGUAUACGCAUACGUGCACGUGAGCUGAACGCACCGGUGUGGAGAAUCUCCCUGGCACCAGCAACCCCGUCCAGUUACACACAAGCUCAGUCAAGAUGUGGUUCACCACCAGACAAGACGGCCUCGAUGACAACUGCCACACCAAUAGAGGACCAUGUUUCCAGAUAAGUGGGUUUUUCGGGACGACCCUGCGAAUCGGGUUUUUCUUGGAGUUCAUCGCCUUGACCUUCCUCUUCAUGGCCUACUGGUCGAGCGGGGGAAAGGGACUAUUCAGCUAUGACCUAAAGAACAUGAAGGAUGAAUAUCGCCUCGACCAGACGUUUAGAAACUCGAUAACGCUGUGGUCGGGGGUCUACUUGAUAGGGGCCAUAUUUAUCAUGUCCUUUCAGGUCCUUCUCGCGGAUGAUACUUGCUGGGCAAGAGGCUACCGAGCCGGGUCGAAGAUUUUGCGAUUGGCCUCCUUUUUAGACACCAUAAGUGCAACCCUGCAGUUUAUUUUUUAUUUGUAUAUUUCCAAAUUUUACACAAGAAAAUGGUAUGUGCAUUUCAAUGAGGGAGGAAGUGAAUGGGUCUUUUUUAUUUUUGUGAGACUGGUCCAUGCGUUUUCUUGUUUGCUAUAUGGUCUCGCCGCGUACUUACUGGAGGUGUACCACGAUGAGGGAGCCGGAGACUUGCACGCGUACAUAAACGGUGUGAUGUUUGCCUUUGCUGGGUUGACAGAAAUCUUCGUAAUAUUCUGCAACUCGGGUUGCUACUCGAACUUCCUGCUGUGGCUGGCCCUGGGAGCCGUGUCCCUGUGGUCGUACUACUUCGAGCCGGAGGUGAACCACGUGUCCCCCGCCCUACACGAAACGGAGCUAACGAAUGACGUGGAACAGCAAGUCGAGAAGUUCUCUCGAUACACCCCCUACCCCCAGGAGCAGAACCAAAAUGCCUACUACCCCGCGUAGCCCUUUGUCUGCAUGCGUCAAUUGUUUAAAUUUUGUUUUUUUUUAAAUAUCUGUAUGUAAGUGCGUCCACGUUAGAAGUUGCCGUUAGAAGUUGCUCAUUAGAGGUUGCUCAUUUGAGGCUGCACAUUAGAGGCUGCUCAUUAGAGGCUGCUUGUUAGAAGUUGCACAUUAGAGGUGGCUUGCCGGUGGGCCGAGCGCUGACGGCCCCAUAUGCUAAGCGCCAAGCGGCAAAGCCUAAAAUGUAUUAAACCCAAACGAAAACAAGCAAACAAGCAAACAAGCAAAGAACACAACGACAAAGUUAAUACAUUUGCACGCGAGUAAUUCCGCAUAGCCUCCAAUGCCACCAUUUAAUUUAUUUUUUCAUCAAUAACUCUUUAUUUGUUAAUAUGUGCUCGCACG